UUUUUUUUUUCUUUUUUAGGCAAUGGCUAUAGUUAAUAUUCGUAAAAUGAAAUAUUCGCUUUUAAGAGGUUCAUUUAGUUAUGAUGGCAUUAAUGAAUUUCUCAGGGAAGUAUCUGUUGGUAGAGGAGCUAGUGCACCUGUGAAAGGAGCAAAAUUACCAAAAAUUCAUGUAACCGAACCUUGGGAUGGUAAAGAUGGAGAGUUACCAGUAGAAGAAGAUAUUGAUCUCACUGAUGUAAAUUUAGAUGAACAUUCAGAAUUAUGAUAAACUGACUUUUCCUUGUACUGUAGAAUUAAGUAUACUUUCUUAUAUUGAAAGAAAUUUCUUAAACAAUUCCUUAUAUUUAAGGAAAAAAUAAAAUACCAAUUUAAUUUUUUACUGUUUGUGAUUGGUAGUUGGAUAGAAACAAUUUUAUGUAAUUUUUUGUUAGUUUUACCAACUGUAUGGCUUCAAUUGGAACUAAUACUGGAACUGAUAUGAUGUAUGGCAUAUGUAUUGGGAUCUUUUUCUAUUGUACAUAUGAAUGUUAUGAGUUGAAAUAAAUUCCUAGUCAUUCCAUUUA